AUGGAUGGGGUGGUGGGAGGUGUGGGUACCCCCAGCAGCACCGGGGGGUCCGGGGGUGACAGCCUACCCAGGCGUAACGGAGGGGACUCGAAGCGGCGCAGUAAGGGCAGCCUACCCUCUCCGGGCUACAGGCUGUCCCAGGCCUCACUGGAGGGAGAGAAGGGCUCCUUUGGGGCAGAUAGCACUUCCUCAGGUGGACGCGGGCGUCGCCUCUCCAUCAUGAGUUCCUCCACCAGGGACGGCCUGCCCUUCCGUACAGCAGGCACUCCAACUACCCCGGUUCCCCUGCCGCCCCCUCCUUCCUCCUCUUCUGGCACAGCCCAUCCUCCUCCGCGAUCAGUAGGUUUUGCCGCCUCACGUGCAGCCCUGGCCUCUACCUCCUCCACCGGGACUGGAGUCAUGGUGGUGGCCACCGGCGCAGAGACGACCACCACCACAGCAUGCAACACCACUGCAGCAGGAACUCCUGAGAUGGUGGGUCAGUCUGGGCUGGGUGGGUUUGGCAUGGGGCUGGAUGGGGAAGACUACAGCAACUCCAACCAGAGCACCUUCAUCCAGAGACAGUUUGGAGCCAUGCUUCAGCCUGGGGUCAACAAGUUCAGCCUGCGCAUGUUUGGAUCCCACAAAGCUGUGGAACAGGAGCAGGAAAGACUGAAAUCCGCAGGAGCAUGGAUCAUCCACCCCUACAGUGACUUCAGAUUCUACUGGGACCUGUUGAUGUUACUGUUGAUGAUGGGAAAUUUAAUCAUCCUGCCAGUAGGCAUCACGUUCUUUCGAGACGAGAAUACUCCUUCGUGGAUCAUCUUUAACGUGGUCUCGGACACUCUCUUCAUGGUCGACUUGGUCCUUAACUUCAGGACUGGCAUCGUCAAGGAAGACAACACUGAGAUAUUACUGGAUCCAAGGGCGAUCCGCCAGAAAUACCUGAAGAGCUGGUUUCUAGUGGACUUUGUGUCAUCCAUCCCAGUGGAUUACAUCUUCCUGAUGGUGGACAGUCUGGACUCAGAGGUCUACAGGACAGCCAGGGCACUGCGCAUAGUCCGUUUCACCAAAAUCCUGAGCCUGCUUCGGCUCCUGCGCCUGUCCAGGCUCAUCCGUUACAUCCACCAGUGGGAAGAGAUCUUCCAUAUGACCUAUGACCUUGCCAGUGCUAUGGUAAGGAUAGUAAAUCUAAUUGGCAUGAUGCUGCUGCUGUGCCACUGGGAUGGCUGUCUCCAGUUUUUGGUCCCCAUGCUGCAGGACUUCCCUCCUGACUGCUGGGUUUCCAAGAACCUGAUGGUGAACGACACAUGGGGCGUGCAGUACUCUUAUGCUCUGUUCAAAGCCAUGAGCCACAUGUUGUGUAUCGGCUACGGUGCCCAGGCUCCAGAGGGGAUGACUGAUGUGUGGCUCACCAUGCUCAGUAUGAUCGUAGGCGCCACCUGCUACGCCAUGUUCAUCGGCCAUGCCACCGCUCUGAUCCAGUCCCUAGACUCAUCACGACGACAGUAUCAGGAAAAGUACAAGCAAGUGGAGCAGUACAUGUCGUUCCAUAAGCUCCCGGCAGAUGUUCGGCAGAAGAUCCACGAGUACUACGAGCACCGCUUCCAGGGAAAAAUGUUCGAUGAAGAGAACAUCCUGGGUGAACUUAGUGAGCCGCUUAAAGAGGAGAUAGUCAGCUUUAACUGCCGCAGCCUGGUUGCUAACAUGCCGCUGUUCGCCAACGCUGAUCCCAACUUUGUGACCGCCGUACUGACCAAGCUCCGCUUUGAAGUUUUUCAGCCAUCAGACUUCAUCAUCCGUGAGGGCACAGUUGGACGUAAGAUGUACUUUAUCCAGCACGGACGAGUCAGUGUGCUGACCCGUGGCAACAAGGAGACCAAGCUGAGUGAUGGGUCUUAUUUUGGAGAGAUCUGCUUAUUGACUCGAGGACGAAGGACAGCCAGUGUCCGUGCAGACACAUAUUGCCGUUUGUACUCUCUCAGUGUGGACAGCUUUAAUGAGGUUCUGGAAGAACACCCGAUGAUGCGGCGCGCCUUUGAAACUGUCGCAGCUGACCGACUGGACCGUAUUGGCAGGAAGAACUCCAUGCUCCUGCGGAAGUCGUCCCAGGGUGGUUCUCUUGGUGGCAGUAUGGGUCGUGGUGGAGGCCGGGGUGGAGGGGGUCCAGGAGCUGGAGGUGGCAUGACAGCAGGUGGUCUGGGUUCCUGUGACAGCAUGCUGGUGCAGCAGAUUGUUAAACACGACAGCAUGCCAGCCAUGCAGGAUGCCAUCGCAGCCGCUGCUGCAGGAAGAAGUGGCACCGUGUCUCCUCGGCCUCGCCCUGUCAUCUGGGCACCGCUGGUCCAUGCUCCCCUGCAGACUGCAGCUGCCACAAGUAAUGUAGCCAUUGCCCUCAUGCACCAGCAGCAACAGCAACAGCAGCAGCUUCAGCAACUGCAGCAGCAGCAUGCUCUUGGAGGGGCUUUUUACCUGCCCUCCCCUCUCAUUUCCCCGUCUCCCUCCUCCUCUUUCCCUCUUUCUCCUCCUCGUGCUCCUGUGUUGCAGCCCCUUCGCCCCUCUGUGAGCUCUCUCAUUGGGAUGAUGGCAAUGGGAGGAAUGGGUGGUUUGUCUCCAAGAGGAGGAUUUCCCACCUCUCCCUCAACCAUGGGCCCUCCUGGUGGGGUGACAUCGCCCCCUAUUGCUAAAACUCCACCCACUCCAGCCUCCUCUGUCCCAACUUCUGCCCAACAAGGAAGAAAUCUCCAUUACAGCCUCCGCCUUCAGGCUGAUCAUCCCUCAGGGAUUUCUGGAUCUCUGGGAACCCCAACAGGGGGAGGACCAGCCCCACCACCCCACAAGGCAUCAGCUACCAACCCUCCUGCCUCCAGUGGCCCAUCAGAUGGCAACACUUCUGUUACAGCUCAGCAAGGUGCAAAAGAGGCUCUGUUACGUCAUGGAGGAAACACUCCACAGGGUCUCCCAGCAUUGGGAAGGCUCACCCAGGAGGCCAGGCUGCUGUCAGCCUCACAGCCCACCCUGCCUCAUCGUUCUUGGGCUGGAGUACAGCCUCACCCUCCUCUUCAUCGGAAGGCCUCUGGUGGUAAUUUAUUAGCAGCUCCCUUUCUGGCAGGGCAAUUAGCCAGGGGAAGCAGUGCAGGCCUGUUGACCUCUAAUCCAUCAGUGCAGCUGGUGACAAAUAUGCCAUUUAAUGCACAAACACAAGCACAGGGCACAGUUCCUGUCCAGCCCACUAUAGCACAGUCUGCAGCUCACACUGCCUCUGUACCCACAGCUGCACACAUGCCUUCUGCAGUUUCUGUGCCAGCAUCUAUCUCUCCUCCAAAGCAUACCCCACUCUCCUCUGCAACCCCUUCCCCUGCACCCACUCCUUCAUCUCCUACACCUAUUCUCUCCCAGACACCUCGCCCAAAACCAAUCCCAAUGACCCCUUCCCGCUCCUCCUCUCCUCCUCUCUGCUCCACCCCUCCAUCAGCAGGAACAAGCCCACUGUCAUUCUCUUCAACUCCUCGUCCCAAACCGAUUCCUACACCCUCCUCCCGCUCGUCCUCUCCCUCUCCAUCUUCCACACCACCUCCAUCCUCUGUUUCUACCCCUGUUCCACUACCUCAGCCUUACGGGACCAAAUCCUCACUUACAUCCUCCUCUCCCCCUUCCUCUUUGGUUUCUUCGUCUUCUCCACCCCAUCCCCAGAGCCCCAGAGCCAAGGCAUCUAACACACCACCUUCUGCUUCUCCAUUGUCUGGGGCCAGCCCUGUCCUGACUCCAGUCCCUUCUCCCACUCAAACAUCCCGCACCCGAACAUCUACCCCCUCCCAAACUACAACUCCCUCCCAAACACCUGCCAGCACUAAUGUGCCAACGAAGGUAACUUUUUCAGUUCAUCCUGUAAAGCAAACAUCUCCUGUCCUUACUCCAAGCUCCACUGCCAAACAAAUCAUAUCCACAACCUCCUGCUCAAUAACUUUAUGCCCAAACCAGAGCUCCCCUAACUCCCCCUCUCUUUCUACCCCCUCCUCCACGACCACUACCAGCAGCUCUCCUUGUGUCCAGUCGGCCUCUUCUAACCCCCCAAAACAAUUACCAAGCACCGUGGCUGCCCCUACCCAGUCCUCAAAACUCAAUACACCCUCCACCCCUGUCCAGACCUCACAAGCAUCCACCACUGCACCCACCCAGUCAGCACUUGCAGACUCCCCUGCCAAAUCCACCUCCCCUAAAGGUGGACAAAAAGACCCUCAGCUGUCACUCAGCAAAAAAGACUCAGAGGGACUACGACACAAGCUGCCCGCCAACAUGUAGAAAAAAAAUUUAAAUUAAAAAAAAAAAAAAAAAAAUGAGGAGGUAAACCUCAUAGGAUGUUGGACUUUGUGUUGUGGCGGGUACCUGAA